AUGGCCGACGGCAAAGACAGCGAGCAAAUGCAGAAAACCUUCGAGACAAGGUCACAGGUCUCUGGUUCCAGAACCUCAAGUCGUAGUUCAGCCAGCUCCGCAGCUACUAAAAGUUUGGAAUCACGACGGCGUCACCAUUCCUUGAAGACCCUUGCAACAGGCACCUAUCUUCACACUGUAGGAGAUGCAGAACAGUUAAGCAAGAAUAAUGUAUGCAGGGAAAUCCACAAAGUUGCAGUUGCUCUGAAGCAAAUGCUGGAUGCAUUUGUGGUCUUCCCAGGACACUUGUCAGUGCAGUUAAUCAAAGAAGGAUUCUAUGCAAUAGCAGGAUUUCCCAGAGUGAUUGGUGCAAUUGACUGCACACAUGGUCAAAUCAGAGCAUCCCUAGGGGAACAUGAGGCUGAUUACAUUAACAGAAAGUCAGUGCAUAGCAUCAAUGUACAGAUGACCUGUGAUCAUCAGUGCCUAAUUACCAGUAUUGAUGCCAAUGGUCUGGGUCAGUUCACGUAUAUACAAAGAGUCAACUAUAGUAAAAUAAUGUUCUGUUUUCCACUGAAGCUGAAUUUAAUGGGCUGCUGCUUGGAGACAGAUGGGUAUGCAUGCAAAAGGAACUUGAUGACUCCUUUUCCAGAUCCACAGCUGGGACCACAGAGUCAGUUCAAUGUGGCUCAUUUCAAAACUAGGGUCAGGAUAGAAAUGACCUUUGGGAUUCUGAAAUCACGAUUUAACUGUUUGAGAUUGUUAAGGGUCCAGCCAGCCAAGGCAUGUGACAUAAUUGUAGCUUGUGUGGUACUGCACAAUAUAGCCAUGAUUAGGAAGGAGAGAGUCCCACCAGUGGAGCCACAGCCGACUGAUUUGGUGGAUCCAGUCACUGUGGACCAACCAGAGGGCAGAGUUGUGAGACAGACUAUUGCAGAAGUAAUCUUUAACUGUUAA